AUGUCGGCCACCGGUCGAUCAACUGGGGACGCCAAAGGAGGAGACGAUCCGCCAUCCCACGGAGCUUAUCUCUACGAGCUACAGGCCGAGGGGGAUGUCGCUGCGACACAGGACAACCAGGUGUAUCGGCAGCAGCAGCAAUACAGUUCAGAGGACAUAGCUGCAAUGGCUGCGGCUGCAAACGCUACAGGCAGCAGAGAGGGCGAGGCCUUGCCGAGCUCUUCGGCUGACGUGAAUGCAGCCCAAGCUUCUGGUGCUGGACUGCACUCUGACAGCGGAUCCGUGAUGGGCGAAGAUCAGCAUGGCAUCCACGAUGAGGCUCACCACGAGAAUCCGGGUCCUAGCCGCAGUAGUGCUGGCAAGUCGAAUGCAGGCUCCAAGCGCCAGCGCGUGCAUUUCAGUUGUACCGAAUGCCAUAGGCGCAAGCAAAAAUGCAAUCGAGAGGUGAGCUUGGCAAGCCAGUCAUGACCAAAAGCCGAUUUCUCACCGCCCCAUGUUUUUUCUACUGUAGACGCCCUGUAAUCACUGCAUCGCCCGCAAAGUACCCGAGCGAUGCAGGACCUUCCAACCUGGAGAGGAGGCGGAUGACGUUGCUUCGCGGCUGACGAGGCUUGAGCAUCACGUCGAGGACGGCUUCAAUAGGCUCGCGCAACUUCUCGAGGGAGCGCAACAUCACGGUGGCUACGGAGUAGCUCAGCAACCUCGCGAUCCUUCUUCGCAAGGCUACGGAAAUGCGCAAGGACACCAAAGCCGCUUGCCCGCUCCACUUCGCAUACCAGCCGCGAGAGGCGCAGCGGCUGGCGCGACCAAUGUAGGACCUUCCUCGGCAAUCGAGGAGGAUGACGAUGCAAACGAGGGAGGUAGACUCUCUCCAAAGGGCGGCACUUUCCACGCAAGUGGAGCGUACAAUUUGCGCUUCGAUGCCUUGCUGGACAAGCUUCAAGGUCAGCCCGUUGGAGUCAUCAGGGACCCUUUUCGCACCAUGGACACGCAUACAGUCGACGAGGCGAUGUCGGAAAUGGGAGCAAUGUUGUCGGUCUCUUACAGCUUGGUCGCUGCCUUGCCGCCCCGUCACCUAGCGGAAAGCCUUCUCGACCAUUGGUUCGAAGAUAUCAACUGGCUCCGGCAACCACUUAGCCAGACGACGCUCCGUAAAGAGUUCGAUGAGCUUUGGGCCUCGGGCCCAGUGCUGACCGCCAGUAACAUUACCACGUACGCUGUCUUGGUUUGCAUUCUGGCGAUUGCGACUCUCAGCUUUCCCAGAGCUGAGGCUUAUCCUGAGGACCCGCGUCUCAAGCGUCUUACUGCCAGGCGGUUGCAAUUUGCCGGGCGACGGGCAGUGAGUGAAGCUGUGUACACGACUCAAGCGCCAAGCUUCAGACUGACCGGAGCCUCGCGCCCUAUUCGCAGCUAUUGUGCGCAUCUAUGCUCCCAAACAGCCACGAUCUUAAUCACGUGGUGAGUUCGAAUGCGUUGUUUCACACCCGAGUCGAUGUUGAAAAUUGCUAUAUACCUACUCAGAUUGCGUGGAACUUGUCUGCACGCUUUUGUCUGAUUGACAGACGUGUGGCCGAAGGCUGGAGCGCGGCGCUCAAUGCCGUGGCCGCAGCAUGGGCCAUCGGUCUGCAUCGGGAUGGCUCCACCCUCGGUCUCUCACCAGAAGAAUCGGAAGCGCGACGACUGGCCUGGGGCGCCACUGCCUGGCUUGAGAGAGCGCUGGCUGCAAAUCUUGGGCGGCCAACUAUGAUUGACGACGCAGUAUGCGACGCCAAAGCUCCUCUCAUCGAAGGCUCUGCGGCUGACGAUGUGUAUCCACGGGCAAUGGCACCCUCGAUCGUCGGCUUACCUCCAGCUCGAGCUGGUCAUCGUCCUCCGCACAUUCUCGAUUAUGCUAUCCAUCGUCAGAGACUGGGCCAAAUCGUUGGGAAAGUGAUCAACGUUUAUCAAUGCAUCCCGACGAAGCAUUACAGCGAUGUGCUUGCCAUCGAAGGGGAGCUGGAAGAUUUCACCUCCAAUCUCCCGCCAUACUUCCAAAGCCCCAUCGACAACGCAGGCAACAUUGUUGCUGAUCAAGAUCUCGAUUCCAGCUGCCCGCUGUGGCUCUUCACCCAUCGCUACCUGUUACACUCAGACAUCGCAUUCCUGCGUGGUGCGCUCCAUAGGCCAUAUCUGCUGCGCUCUGCGGGCGGUAAAGCAGGCGCACGAUUCAUGCCCAGCCGACGAGCCGCAAUCCAGACUGCUUUGCGGGAUGUCAUGAUGCGACGAGACUUUGUGCACAUUCUCACCAACCACUAUGCGGGCAAGAUUCCAGAUGGAUUCAAACUGCACCUGGGUGCGUCUCAUCGAGCUUUCUCUAGCUGCUUGACACUGGGCGUCGCCAGUCUCAUGGAGCCGCAUGGCGACGAGACGUUGAUGUGGCGCUCUUGCCUGGAGCAGUACUGCGAGAGGGUCCGUGCGAAGGCUUCCAGAGAGGCGCCCGACGAGUUGAAGGACAGGGAGCUAGCGAUUCUCGAGCUGUUCAUCUCGCGGCUGGAUGCGCUUCGUGCUGGCGAGCCCAGCACUGGGUCGAAGCGCGAGCGAAGUGAGGACGGAGCGGAACGCAGUCGCUCACGCAAAGCGAGACGGGGCACAGGUGGAGCUAUGGACGAGGAAGGCGACGCGCACGCUACUGCUGGCUUGCUGCUUGGUCUUGGACGAAGUGACAGCCAACCGCAAAGGUCUCACACAGGGCUCAGCACCAGCAGCCCGUCCUCCGCCUCCGGCGCCAAAUCUGGACCCAGCCCAUCAACGCCGGGAACAUCGACGCGCGCCGAAGAGGCUGAGACUGCUCAAGCCCUGCUCGAGAAUUGGUGGCGAGCCGAGUUUGAGCAGGGAGGCAGCGUGGUGCACGAUGAGUUCAACAGUAAUGGCUUGGCAGGCUUUGAUCGCUUGAUCUCAACAGCGAUGCCUUAUGGCGCGGCCAGUAUUACGGGAGGUAACAACUUCUUGAACAGGCCUGCCGCUGCGCCAAGCGCCUGGCAAGCCCAACCUCAGUACGGAAAUAAUUUUUUUGCAACUUCGCCGACUCCGCUCGCUCAAGCGGAGCUUGGCGCCCAGUCUCAACCACCUCAGCAGCAGCAACAGCAACAGCAGCGCCAGACGUACAACUCGCUGAAUGGCAAUACCAACAGCGCGCCGAACAAUGCGAGCGGAGUGCCCAUCGCGCCGAUACCCCCUCAAGCUUGGAAUUCCGCCCCUGCCCCCGAUAACAAUGCCGCCCCUGCCUUUGAUCCCGCCUUUUGGCAGAGCUUCAUGGGACUGGUCAAGCCCGGCUGA